AUGCCAAAGGGGAAAGUUCGAGAGCCUCCACCUGCACCACGUGCAAAGCCGCGCGACCCGAAGCGCGCCGCAACAGACAGUUCUAGCUCUGAUGGUCCCCAGCAUAGUGUGAAUCUGGUUGAUUUAUCUGGUUCCCAGCAUAGUGUGAAUCUGGUUGAUGUAUCUGGUUCCCAGCAUAGUGUGAAUCUGGUUGAUUUCUCAACCUCACAUAACCUAAAUAGGGAAACCGUGUCAACCCAAAAGCAACCAGCAGCGCUGAACAGGGAGCAGUUGGACGAGGUGACACAGGCAGUGAUUGCCGCCAUGUCUAGCAGGGCAGAGAUCCCUCAUCCCCAGUUUGAGAUGACACAGGAUGCAUAG